CCCGCGCGCCAAAGGAAGGAGCGAGGAGGAGAAAGGGAGAGAAGGGAGGGGAGCGGAGGGGGGAGUGAUGAGUCAAUACAACUAAUAAUUUAAUGGGGACAGGGAGAGGGAGACAGAAAGAACCGGAGCUCCGUCCGGACCACAUCCCCGCCGACAGGACGCCUCCUCGCCCUCCAAUGCGGCCGCGGAGAGCCGCGUCUUCUUCCAGCUCGACGUCGGAAAGUGAUCGUGAGCAGAGGUGCUGAGGAUGAUGGAACAUCUCAGCGAGGCGUGUUUGGGCAAGGAGAACUCGGAGCUGGUCAGCAGCCUGGCUGAGGCCAAGGUCCCUCCGGCGAAGCUGCCCCGGCUGGAGCAGAACGGCAGCCCGCUGGGCCGGGCCAGGCUGGGCAGCGCCGGCGCCAAACUAGCCGGGGUCCCGUUCAAACCCGCCGGCCACCUGCUGAAGACCUGCUACAGGAGAGGCAACAUGCUGCCGGUGUUCUGCGUGGUCGAGCACUACGAGAACCCCAUGGACUUCGACAGCAAGGAGGAGCACGCCGAGUUCGUCCUGGUGCGCAAGGACAUGCUCUUCAACCAGCUCAUAGAGAUGGCCCUGCUGUCCCUGGGCUACUCCCACAGCUCAGCAGCACAGGCCAAAGGUAUGAUUCAGGUGGGGAAGUGGAACCCCGUCCCCCUGUCCUAUGUGACAGACGCGCCGGACGCCACGGUGGCCGACAUGCUGCAGGACGUCUACCACGUGGUCACGCUCAAGAUCCAGCUGCACAGUUGUCCUAAGCUGGAGGACCUGCCGCCCGAGCAGUGGAGCCACUCUACAGUAAGAAACGCCCUCAAGGAGUUACUCAAAGACAUGAAUCAGAGCUCUCUGGCUAAAGAAUGUCCUUUAUCACAGAGUAUGAUUUCCUCCAUUGUGAACAGCACUUACUAUGCAAAUGUGUCGGCGGCAAAGUGUCAGGAAUUUGGGCGCUGGUAUAAACAUUUCAAGAAGACAAAAGAUAUGAUGGACAUGGACGGCCUGUCGGACCUCUCCCCCCCCAGCUCCAACCACAACCACCUCGGUUUCUCCCAGCAGCAGCCGAUCCCGGGCAGCACCGCGGAGCAGACUCCUUCCUCCCCGGUGCCUCCUCUUUCUCACGCCCCUCCUCAUGGUGGCCAGACCGGCGGCCGGCAGCCACAGCUCCCAGGCCUGCACCACCCGGGCCUGGUGUCCACCCCCAUCAGCCCCCAGCUGGUCAACCAGCAGCUGGUGAUGGCCCAGAUCCUCAACCAGCAGUACGCUGUGAACCGGCUGCUGGCGCAGCAGUCCCUGUCGCAGCAGUACCUCAACCACCCGCCGGUCAACCGCAGCUCCCACACCAAGCCCCUGGAGCCUCAGGUGGGCUCCAACACAGAAGUCUCCUCGGAGAUCUACCAGUGGGUGAGGGACGAGCUGAAGCGGGCCGGCAUCUCCCAGGCUGUGUUCGCUCGAGUGGCCUUCAACAGAACCCAGGGCCUGCUGUCUGAGAUUCUGCGUAAGGAGGAGGACCCAAAGACGGCGUCCCAGUCGCUGCUGGUCAACCUGCGCGCCAUGCAGAACUUCCUGCAGCUUCCGGAGGCCGAGCGCGACCGCAUCUACCAGGAGGAGAGAGAGCGGAGCCUCACGGCGGCGUCCGCCAUGGGCUCGGCCCCGCUCAUCAGCACCCCUCCCAGCCGACCCGUGCAGCCGCGAAGGGAAGACUGUAACAGCCUGAGACCCGAGGACUGGAAUCCCCGGAUCCCCGUGGGCAUCUCACCUGUGAAACCGUCGCCUCUGCCAAGUGAGUGGAACGGCAAGACGGAGAACUGCAUCCUGAACAUCAACUCCAACAUCUACGAUGAGAUCCAGCAGGAGAUGAAGCGGGCCAAAGUGUCCCAGGCUCUGUUCGCAAAGGUGGCUGCUUCCAAGAGCCAGGGCUGGCUCUGCGAGCUGCUGCGCUGGAAGGAGGAUCCGUCUCCGGAGAACCGGACUCUCUGGGAGAACCUCUCCAUGAUCCGGCGCUUCCUGAGCCUCCCGCAGACCGAGCGCGACGCCAUCUACGAGCAGGAGAGCAGCGCCAGCCAGCAGCACCACAGCGAGCGGCCCACGCACCUGAUUCACGUCCCCACCGAGCAGCUGCAGUCUCAGCAGACUCAGAUGCAGCAGCACCAACCCUCCCUGUCCCUCCACCCCUCCCAGCCUCUUCUGUCCCAGCAGCCCCUGCAGCUGCAGCAGCCGACCCCCGGCCCCCGGCUGCCGCCCCGCCAGCCCUCCACCGCCUGCCCGGCUGAACUGGAGGACGAGGGUGGCCGCGUGAAGUCCCGCGGCAGCGGGGGGAAGAUCUCCCUGGAGGCCCUGGGGAUCCUGCAGAGCUUCAUCCAGGACGUGGGCCUGUACCCCGACGAGGAGGCCAUCCACACCCUGUCGGCCCAGCUGGACCUACCCAAGCUCACCAUCAUCAAGUUCUUCCAGAACCAGCGCUUCUACGUCAACCACCCGGCCAAGGCGCCCAAAGAGCCGAGCAGCAACAACGGCAGCAGCAGCAACACGGCGGCCAACAGCAGCAGCAGCAGCAGCAGGAGCAGCCCCGCCUUCGACGAGGAGCUGACGGACUUCAGGGAGAGCGGGGAGCUGCUGAAGGAGCUGGACGAGAGCACGCAGACCAACAGCACCAUCUUCUCCAUCAAGAUGGAGGAGCAGCUGAGCCGAGGAGCCGAGGCUCAGGCCGAGUCGGAGCACGAGGUCAAAGAGUAGACUCCUCCCCCCACGCAGAUUCAUAAAGAAUAGACUCCUCCCCCCACGCAGAUUCAAUCAUGGACUGUGAGGUUCUGCUGCAGAACCCGACUGAAGGCUGCAGAACCGCUCAGACUGAAGAGCAGCGGGGUUCUGACGGCGCCUGAAGGAGGCGUGAGGCGUUCACACACUGGAAAACGUUUCGGACGUUCUACUUUUUGAAUUUUGUAAAACUUGUAAAGACUCAUGCAUCAUUUUAAUAAUCUGCACAAAAUAAAAGUUCUUGUAAGUUUGUUGCCGUGGAAACGUUGCUGGCUGCACUCGAUGUACGUUGUUUUACACUGACUUCUGUUGUCGAGCUACUGAUUCUGUUCAGAAAGAAAAAAAAAAAAAAUCCCCGGGAGUUUGAUCGUCGUCCUGUAAUGUUCAACUGGAGUUCGUUUUUUUAAUUUUCAAACGGCGAAUGAAAUCGAGGACCAAGCGGUUGUGAAGGCCUUAACGUGAGGUUCAGAGUCUGGAUCCUGCUGGAGGACGAGUCCAGAGCGUCUCACAGAACAGCUCAGUCUCUACUUAUUACCCGUUAGGGAAGAUAUAUAAUAUAAAUAUAUAUAGACAUUAUAUUGUAACUGUAAAAAAAAAAGAAACUAUGCCAACAAAUGCCUUGUACGAUACGGCACUGCCGGUGUUAGAUUAUUUUGCAGAACUUCCGUCACUGUAACUGAAUCGCCACACGUACAAAUGUGAAUUAAACUGUUUAUGUUGUCCGACAUUAUUUAUUUCAUGUAAUUAGUCUCGAUUGUUUAAACUUUGUCACAACUUUUUUUUUCUUUUAAUCCCUCCUGUUUUUGUUCUAUUUAUAAAUGUGAUUCGAAUGGGCAGUAAAAACAAAAAGUGUCUUAAACGUCUUCAGUGGAGAAAUGUGCUUUAAAUCGCGCUACGAGCUUCACAAUUAUUGUCGUAUGCAAUUUUUACUAUCAUGCAAAUAAGCUGAGGUGGAAACGACUGACCUGCAGAAGAGCUGGGGGGGGGGGGGACAUAUGCAAUCUGUGAUGUCGGCGACGCGUCUUCCUUUGGUUAACGACCCGCUUCAGAAAGUGUAAAAAAAACUCCUGUACAGUCUUUCUUUUUUUACAUCGCUCGCCUCGAUGAGAGCUCCGGUUAUUUUGUUACGACUGUUUUUCUAAGUGUUCCUCGGUUC